CGUACGUAUUGUACAUACAUUAGGUACUGUAAUGAAGAACUCCAAAUGAGUCGCAUGUCAAGAAUGAGUCAUGAAUCAGUUACGCGGAAGAUUUUCGCAUUUUUCUCAACUAACAAAAAUACUGCAAGUUUUUGUCAACUCUCAACUUUCACAAUGGUCGAUUUUCYCCAAAUCGACGACAACCAUGCCUUUGUACCAAGAUUACUACGAUCURUCGUCAGAUGACAACGACGACGACGAUAGUUUCAGCAGUUCAUCGUCGUCUUCGUCGAAAGAAGAAGGAAACAACGACGACAAGAAUGACAACAGCGAYGAGCUCUGGGGUCGAUCSGUUUUGCACAUCGACGUCGACUGUUUUUAUGUCCAGUGCGAGGAGCUGGAUCGAGGAUUGCGGGAGGGCGAUGGCGAUCAACUGGGACGRCCGCUGGCGAUCGGGCAGAAACACAUCGUGGUUACGUGCAAUUACGCGGCUCGUGCGCGCGGUGUGACGAAACUCAUGUCAAAAACAAGCGCCAUGCAGGUCUGCCCSGACCUUCGGAUCGUCGAUGGGAGCGAUCUCCGGCGGUACCGRWCCCACUCUCGAACGAUCUACAAGGCCUUUCGAGGAGCGAUCCAKGAAGAGAUCGGUGCUUCUGUUCACGGAAAGSUUGCAGACGGMUGUGUCGAACAACUCUUGCCUUGCAAACGGAAUGCCAUGGAUGAAAUGGUGGCGGAUCUGUCCACUGCGGUCGACAAACUGGUCGCAGUCGAAUCGGAGGAAGGGAAUGCUGCAAUGCUGGCCACGAUAGCUAUACCASAAGAAAAGAAAAGCCGAAAAMGAAGCUAUCACGACAGCGAACUUCCAAGACAACUACCACCAGUUUUCAAAACAUAUGUAUUUGGUGAUGAUUCUGGGUCGUCGGCUGCUCGUAUCGUCGAAGAUCAGACGGGAGCUAGCACCGACAUUGUCUUCGGUGGUAGAGACUCCCAGAACAACCAAGGUUCUGCUAGCAGAUCGUUAGCACCCUCUCGACGCAAYGUUCAUGAAGAUUGUAACAACGGUCAAAUGAACUCGGAAAGGAAACUUCUUGGUCGACACCGACGGAAAGCUCUGUGUCRAAAGCGAUUGGAAAUUGCGAUUCGCCUGGCCCAGYGCAUAUGCCAAAAAAUCUUUCAUCGAACUGGGUUCCAUGUAUCGGCUGGGAUAUCGGUAUCACCAAUGCUGGCAAAAUUGUCAGUUAUAGAGAAACCGAAAACGGUGAAUCUGCUGUUGCCGUGGCGUUCUCCUGAUCUAUUGUACUUCAUGCCACUGCGGAAAAUGCACGAGAUGGGAUCUCGAACCCACCGAGCUCUGUCGGAGGUAGCAUUUUCGGCCGUGCCGAGCAAGAAAUCAAACGGCACCGCAAACAUUUUGGUGCGAAACCUCUUGGAGAUACCGAGAGAGAAAAUAGUUGAGUCGUUAUUGAUGAUGRCGCAGCGGGGAGAAGAUGGCAAUGCCAAAGGUAGCAUAACCGCCGCCAACAAUCGUUCCUCUUGCGAACAAAAAUGCGAUCUGAUUUUACAACGAUGUCGGGGCUUGGAUUGUACCAUGGUAGAGGACGAUGGGGGAGGCGCCCCCCGAACCGUUUCGGUCGAAAACUCGUUUCGCAGGGGGACGAUGACGACGGMAGUGGACGUCCAAGAAGCACUGAACGAGUUAUGCCGAAGAUUGCCACCGCUGGUUCAAGACAGGGCCGGUUGGUCUCGGAAUCCGCCCCUUGCGUAUCCAACCACACUCCGUCUUACCGUGCGCACCAUGUUGARCAUAGACGWUUCCGAACGGCAACCGGGCCCGGCACGACGGAAACCCCGGCACAUCACUAGGAGCAAACAAGCUAGUAUCGGUGCACAACGAGGAAAGACGCUGUUGGUUUCGACUCUGCGUUCGACACCCGAAGCAGAGAUCGAAAGAAGCGCUGCGUUUCGAACACUUCGAGACUCUGUAGACCCUCUUGUUCAAGACUUACUAUUGCUCCGAGAUGCGAGRAUUGACGUAACGAGAAUGAACCUAGCCGUCACAAGUUUUCGUGACGUGGCCACUGCAGAYCUGACUUCCCAAUCACCUUAUUACGAGACAAAGAAAYUCUCUGUGAACAACAACAACRCUAUCCUGGACAAGCAACUCAACUCAAAGUCUUGCAUCGAGACGAAUGGCUCCCCAUACGAGAAGAGAAAGAACCAGAACCCUACAGUAGCAUCGUCGAUGAAACCUUCCAAAUCUUUAACCCCAUGCAGAAACCCACCGAGCUUCGCCGUGCCCCGAACAAGCGCAGAACAAUCAAAAAACUCUCGGAAGUUCGCACGAACCCGUAUUGACCAGUUCUUUACCAGGAAAUAACGCUGUUCCAGCUAAACGAAUCU